ACGUCCGGGUGAGCCGCUAUAUGGACGUCUGUGGUCCGCCUGCCUGCUGAUGAACAGUCCGCUGUCAUUGUGUGAGAGUAACAACCUUCAUCGCGGAGGGAUUCCUCGGGCCUCGAACAAGAGGUGUGGAAGCAUAAGGACUCGAAAGAGUCCGAGACUGGAGGGAAAUAGAAAGAACGUGAGAUGAAAUGACAACGUCAACAUUACAGAAAGCGAUCGACCUGGUCACCAAAGCUACAGAAGAGGACAAGGCGAGGAACUAUGAGGAGGCUUUGAGACUGUACCAGCAUGCGGUCGAGUACUUCCUGCACGCUAUAAAGUAUGAGGCUCACAGUGACAAGGCCAAGGAAAGCAUCCGUGGGAAGUGUAUGCAGUACCUGGACCGUGCCGAGAAACUGAAGGACUACCUGAAGAACAAGGACAAGCAGGGCAAGAAGCCUGUGAAGGAGGCGCAGAGCAAUGACAAGAGUGACAGUGACAGUGAGGGAGAGAACCCAGAGAAGAAAAAACUACAGGAGCAUUUGAUGGGUGCUAUUGUCAUGGAGAAGCCCAAUGUCAGCUGGAAUGAUGUAGCAGGGCUGGAAGGAGCCAAAGAGGCUUUGAAGGAGGCUGUAAUUCUGCCUAUUAAAUUCCCUCACCUAUUCACAGGGAAACGUACUCCGUGGAGAGGCAUUCUGCUGUUCGGACCUCCUGGAACAGGGAAGUCGUACCUGGCCAAGGCCGUGGCCACAGAGGCCAACAACUCCACCUUCUUCUCUGUGUCCUCCUCAGACCUCAUGUCCAAGUGGCUUGGAGAGAGUGAGAAGCUGGUGCGUAAUCUGUUUGAACUCGCUCGGCUGCGUAAGCCCUCCAUCAUCUUCAUAGAUGAAGUGGACUCGCUGUGCGGCUCCCGGAGUGAGAACGAGAGUGAGGCAGCACGCAGGAUCAAGACAGAGUUCCUAGUGCAGAUGCAGGGUGUUGGGAAUAACAAUGAUAAAAUCCUCGUUCUGGGGGCCACUAACAUCCCCUGGGUCCUCGACGCUGCUAUUCGGAGAAGGUUUGAGAAGCGCAUCUACAUCCCCCUCCCAGACGAGCCGGCGCGAGCUGCCAUGUUCCGUCUGCACCUGGGGAACACGCCCCACAGCCUGUGUGAGGCUGACCUGCGCCAGCUGGCACGCAGCACAGACGGGUACUCCGGCGCCGACAUCAGCAUCAUCGUCAGAGACGCACUGAUGCAGCCUGUCCGCAAAGUGCAGUCGGCCACACACUUCAAGAAGGUGCGAGGACCUUCUCGCAGUAACCCAUCAGUAAUGGUUGAUGACCUCCUGACCCCCUGCUCCCCUGGUGACCCUGCUGCCAUGGAGAUGACCUGGAUGGAUGUGCCUGGUGACAAGCUCCUGGAGCCCAUAGUGUGUAUGGCUGACAUGCUGCGUUCAUUGUCCACCACUCGGCCUACGGUGAACGCUGAAGACUUACUGAAGGUGAAGAAGUUUACGGAGGACUUUGGACAGGAAGGCUGAGUGUCGGACCUGCCCACUCAUCCUCCCCAAGCUCCUCCCCCCUAAAACUCCACCUCCUUCAGCCCUUAAUCUGGACUGUCCAGUCCUCCGUCCUGCCCCGCCCCGCUCCAGAUAACACUACUCUCCCCUGGUCCCGCCUGGACUGCCUGCUCUGGAGGGAGGUGUAGUGGUGACGUCAGGGCCGUCUGACUGGAAGGCUUCGGAAGGGCCUCGCAGGCCUCUCGUGCUGUAGGACAGUGCAUUUGUACUCUCACCCUGUGUUUGUGCACGUGUGUGAAUGUUUAACUGUAGCCCUGCUGACCAGCAAGGGCAACGUAGCUGCACCCCUCUUCAGUGCCCCCAUCUGGUAAAGCUCAGUAUUACAUGUUUAUUUUCCUAUUCUGACUGUUUACCCACUAAACUCCCGUUACCUUCAUGACUAAUGCAUCACUACCGUUGCUUCUCUUCACCUGCUGGCUUUCAGUACAUGUCCAUGAACUAUUCGAGAGGCCCAACAGCCUCUGUAAUCCCCUUUUAAUGAAGACCGUUGUGAAUGACUAGAGCAGCGCCAAGUUCUCCUGGUUCUGACAGCAGCGUUUCUGUUUGGGUAGUCAUUUGGUCUUUGUACAUGUAGAUGUCAAGGUGGGACGCUGUUGUUGGUCAUGGUUGCCACGGGGACUGCACAGCUGUCUUCUGUUAUGACUACCAAGUUUGCCUGAAUUAAUUAAAUCUGAAUUGUAAAAGAAAUGACAGUAGCAACUUAUUCUGUUUUCAUCCAUUUCAAAAGCAGGACCUUUGAGCUGAACUAAUUGAAACUAAACUCAUGUGGAUCGUGUUGAGGGACAGAUUCACAUUUACUGUUUGUUUAUUCACCCACUUCAAAACUAAAAAGGUUUUACAUUUUCUCAAAAAAAAAGAAGCACAAAUUGUAAAAAUUGUAAAAAAUUACACGCAUGGAAUAAAUCAUACAUGUAUGCA